AAAAUGUUUAUUUGGUUUAAAAUGUAAUCAAAUAUUUAUUAAAUAUUUAUAAUCAAUCUUACGAUACAAUCGUUGGAUUGUUUCUACCAUUCAAUACAACAUUUGAUAAUUGAUGUGAGAAAUAGUGGCGAAACAGAUGUGGAAGAAGUGGUUAGUGUGGCCGCGGAGGACAGCCUACCGGUCGCUCAACGACAACAUAGCGGACAACUCGAUAACAGUUCCGUUCGGUUCUUUGGCUGUGAUGGCAGUGACGCUACCGUUGGUGGCAAUGAUUGUGUGCAUAAUGUGGUCAUUGGUGUACGAGUUUGAGUCGUCGACAUCGACUCACUGUGGGGUCAAUAACUACUUGCCGUCCGUGAGUGCAGCGAUCGGUGCGUUCGCCCCCCAGAAGUACAUCUGGCGAUUGGCCAUCGGUUUGCACUCAUUUCCCCGUUAUAUCAUUGCUUACGUCUAUUACAACAGAUAUGACUCGAAGCUAGUCUUCGGCCUCAAUGUGGUUGAGAUCACUGCCCUCUUAGGGCUCACUUACGUCUCGUCCACCGAAAACUUUCCAUUUCACUCGAAAUGUUUUCAACUCUUUCUGAUGACAGCAUUUGUGGGAAUGGUUUUGCAUUUAAUCAAAUAUAGAGAAACCAAAUUCAAACGCCUGAUGGCAGUGACCAACAUCUCCGCCGGUUGUUUAGCCGUAUAUUUCUAUUUAAGACAUAAUAACUACUGCGAGACCGGAGUCUACACAUUGUUUGCCUUUUGCGAGUAUUUAGUCUCCUUUUAUGAUUUCAAUCAAACUAUUUUCGCCAUAACUGACCGCAGAUAUCACUCAAUCAAUUAUUCCGCU